CCCCGGGGCGCUUACCCCGCGGUGGGCGAGAUGCUGCGAGACCGGACGCUGCGGCUGCAGUUCGGGAACCGGAUCGAGGUCGUGUGCGUCGUGGGCACCCAACUCUCCACCGACGUCUAUGGAGCGGCUCCGGCCGACGCCCUGACGUUCAGCGUGAAGCAUUCGGAUGACGUCGAAGUCGAAGUGGUUACCAGUGACCAAGCGGAGCCGGCGCCGGAAAACGGUGGCAAGCGAUGGCCGCUGGACCCCAGGACGAUCCUGAGGAUCCGAAUGACCCGGCCCAGCGCUGAGGCCAACGACAACAAAGUAACCGUGGGCUAUUAUGGGGAGAAUGGCGGCCACCCCAUAGACCAAGCAGGCGUUUUCCUGACUGGUGUCGCGAUUUCGCUGGAUGUGGAUGCAGACCGUGAUGGCGUGGUGGAGAAGAACAACCCAAACAAGGGCACGUGGACCUGGGGUCCCGACGGCCACGGUGCCAUCCUGUUGGUGAACUGCGAUAAAGAAAACCCAUUCAUCGGUAUGGAAGACUGCCAGGACGACAAAGUCUUCUGCAAGGAAGACCUAGAAGACAUGUCCCGCAUGAUCUUGAGAACACAAGGACCCGACCGGCUGCCUCCCGGAUAUGAAAUGGUCCUUUACAUUCCUCUGUCUGACACUGACAAAGUUGGGGUCUUUUACUUGCAGAAUCCGUUCUUCGGCCAGCGCUACAUCCACGUCUUGGGCCGGAGAAAGCUCUACCAUGUCGUGAAGUAUACGGGGGGCUCCGCAGAGCUGGAGUUCUUUGUCGAGGGUCUCCGCUUUCCGGACGACAGCUUCAAUGGACUCGUCACGGUCAAUGUCAGCCUCCUGGAGCCGGUGGCUGAGGGUAUUCCGCAGACCCCGAUAUUCACAGACACUGUCGUCUUCCGGAUCGCUCCGUGGAUCAUGACCCCAAACAUUUUGCCGCCAGUCAGCGUUUUUGUGUGCAGUGUGAAGGAUAAUUAUCUCUUCCUGAAAGAGAUCAAAAACUUGGUGAGCAAAGCCAAUUGUAAGGUGAACGUUUGCUCGCGGUACAUGAACCGCGGGGACCGGUGGAUGCAGGAUGAAAUAGAGUUUGGCUACAUCCACGCUCCUCACAAGGCCUUCCCGGUGGUCCUGGAUUCCCCGAGGGACGGAGGCCUCCAAGAUUUUGCUGUCAAAGAGAUUCUGGGCCCAGAUUUUGGCUACGUGACCAGGGAACCUCUCUUCGAAGUGGUCACCAGUUUGGACUCUUUCGGGAAUUUGGAAGUCAGUCCGCCGGUGACGGUCGGUGGAAAGGAAUAUCCUUUGGGGAGGAUCCUCAUUGGAAGCAGCUUUCCCACAUCCGCGGGGCGAAGGAUGACCAAAGUUGUCCGGGAUUUCCUCCACGCCCAGCAGGUCCAGUCGCCGGUGGAGCUAUAUUCGGAUUGGCUGACCGUGGGUCACGUGGACGAAUUUGUCACGUUUGUUCCCAUUCCUGGCAAAAAGCAAUUCCGGAUGCUCAUGGCGAGUCCUUCCGCCUGCUACAAGCUCUUCAGAGAGAAACAGAAAGAAGGCCAUGGCGAAGCCGUCAUGUUCAAAGGGUACACCGGGACAGACACGAAACGAGUCACCAUUAACAAGGUCCUCUCUAACGAGAUCAUGGUGGAAGAGAACCAGUACGUACAGCGGUGCAUCGACUGGAACCGGGACAUUCUCAAGAAGGAGCUAGGCCUGGAAGAGAAGGACAUCCUGGAUCUCCCCGCCCUCUUCAAGAUGGACAAGCAAGGGAAAGCCAUGGCGUACUUCCCCAACAUGGUGAACAUGAUUGUCUUGUCCCGGGACCUGGGCAUACCGAAGCCCUUCGGCCCCAUCAUCGAAGCCGAGUGUUGCUUGGAGCAGCACGUCGCCUCGUUGCUGGAGCCGCUGGGACUGAUGUGUACAUUCAUCGACGACAUCUCCUCCUACCACAAGCAGCUGGGAGAAGUCCACUGCGGCACCAACGUCCAGCGGAAGCCCUUUGCUUUCAAGUGGUGGCACGUCCUCCCCUGAAGCGGGCGAUCCCGGGAAGCGACACACGCGAGGCGCAUUCGGACAAACCGUUUGAAACCCCACGUCUGUUGACCUG